AUGUGGAAAGUGCCUACCUACAUACUGAAAUUAAUCAAGUUGACUUCAAACUACAAACUCUGGGCUGUGUGCAUCAUCAUCUUAAAGUUCAUGUCCUUCAUCUGUAUCAUGUUCUACUGGAGAAUCACCCAGGAUGCCCAAGACAAGAGACUACACUACAGUUUGCCUACAGAGGUUAAGUGUCCUCCUCUUCCCACUCCUUCAUCCAGAUGGCCUCCUUCAUCACACAAAGACAUAUAUUUUGUAGAAACAUCGGAACGAACUAAUCCAAACUUCCUGUUUAUGUGUUCUGUUGAAUCAGCAGCCAGGGUUCACCCUGAGUCCAGAAUCAUUGUCCUUAUGAAGGGUUUAGCAAGCUACAAUAAGACUUUGCCCAAACACGUGGCCUUCUCCUUGCUUAGCUGUUUCCCCAACAUUGAAUUCAAACAUUUGGACUUGAUUAACCUUUUCUCUAACACCCCCCUCGCUGGCUGGUACUCAGUGGCUCAGCAGAGGUGGGAGCCUUAUUUCUUGCCCAUCCUUUCUGAUGCAUGCCGAAUCACCAUCAUGUGGAAACUUGGUGGCAUCUAUUUAGACACAGACUUCAUAGUCCUCAAGAACUUAAAUAACCUCACCAAUGUGCUUGGAACGCAGUCCAAAUAUAUACUUAAUGGUGCCUUUCUCUCGUUUGAGCCCAAACACAAGUUUAUUGAGCUUUGCAUGCAGGACUUUGUGGUGGACUACAACCGCUGGGUCUGGGGGCACCAGGGCCCACAGCUCCUGACACGCAUUUUUAAGAGGUGGUGCUCUAUCCAUAGCCUCCGAAGCAGCAAAAGCUGUAAGGGCGUUACUGCUGUCCCACGAGAUGCCUUUUAUCCCAUUCGCUGGCAGGAUUGGAGGAAGUAUUUUGAAGCAAUCAAUGCUUCCGAACUUCCCAUACUGUUUAGAAACACCUAUGCAGUGCAUGUCUGGAAUAAGAAAAGUCAAGGGACACAACUUGCGAUCACCUCUAAAACCUUGCUAGCUCAGCUGCAAUCCCAUUAUUGUCCUUCCACAUACAGGCUCAUGAAGAUCUCAUUCUGA